AGAAUAAGCCACUAGUCCUCCGUCACUGUGCUCCACGCCGACCCUCAAAAAAGCUGUGGAUGCAAGCGUAGACCUCUUUCUUUCUUUCUUUCUUUCUUCCAAAACCCUUCUGCCACCUGUUUUCACAAGAAAGUUCUUCCCACCCUUUUCUCCUUCUGUUUUGGAACCAACGCUUCUUCGAUUAUUAUAUCAAAUUCCAUCUUGGUGGGUAGCACCCUCUUAUUCCUUUGGUCAACUCCGUUUACUAUAAAUAUGACCACUCUUCCUUCUUUCUUCUUCAACUCCGAUCACCUUUGAAUGGAUCAUUCUAAUUCCAAUUCCAAUUCCAAUUCCAAUUCCAACCACAUCAACAACAACAAUAACAACGGUUUCCUUCAUCCCAACCUGCCUUCCCAACCUCCCACGUUGCCAUCACGCGCUGCCAUGGCUUCAGCUCCCACCUCCGACCCUAAGGUCGUCACCGGCACAGCCGGUUAUAUCCUCGAGGACGUUCCACAUUUGACCGAUUACAUUCCCAAUCUUCAAACAUACCCUAAUCCUUUGCAAGACAACCCUGCUUAUUCAGUAGUUAAGCAGUACUUUGUGCAUGUUGAUGACAGCGUUCCUCAAAAGGUUGUUGUUCACAAAGAUGGUGCAAGAGGGGUACAUUUUAGGCGUGCUGGGCCUCGUCAAAAGGUGUAUUUUGAAGCAGAUGAAGUUCAAGUUGCCAUUGUUACAUGUGGGGGUCUGUGUCCUGGACUCAACACUGUGAUUAGGGAAUUAGUGUGUGGCUUACACCAUAUGUAUGGCCUGAAGAAAGUUCUUGGAAUCAAUGGAGGAUACAGGGGUUUCUAUGCUCGCAAUACAAUCACUUUAACUCCAAAAAGUGUGAAUGAUAUACAUAAGCGUGGGGGAACUGUCCUCGGAACCUCACGAGGUGGACACGACACCAAAAAGAUAGUUGACAGUAUUCAAGAUCGGGGAAUCAAUCAGGUUUAUAUAAUUGGAGGAGAUGGAACUCAGAAGGGUGCAUCUGCAAUUUUUGAGGAAGUCAGAAGGCGUGGUCUCAAAGUUUCAGUUGUAGGAAUCCCCAAAACCAUAGAUAAUGAUAUCCCGGUUAUUGAUAAGUCCUUUGGCUUUGACACUGCUGUUGAGGAGGCUCAACGAGCUAUAAAUGCUGCACAUGUUGAAGCCGAAAGUGUUGAGAAUGGCAUAGGUGUUGUCAAGUUGAUGGGUAGAAACAGCGGAUUCAUUGCAAUGCAUGCUACACUUGCAAGUCGAGAUGUGGAUUGUUGCUUAAUUCCAGAGUCACCCUUUUACCUUGAAGGUCCUGGUGGACUUUUUGAAUAUAUAGAGAAAAGACUCAAAGAAAAUGGACACAUGGUUAUUGUGAUUGCUGAAGGAGCAGGACAGGAACUUGUUUCUGAGAGUGUGCAGUCCAUGAGCAAACAGGAUGCUUCUGGAAACAAGCUUCUUCAAGAUGUUGGCCUAUGGAUAUCCCAAAAGAUUAAGGAUCAUUUUGCUGAACAGAAGACACUGCCCAUAACACUAAAAUACAUAGAUCCAACCUAUAUGAUCCGAGCUGUUCCAAGCAAUGCUUCUGACAAUGUGUACUGCACACUUCUUGCUCAAAGUGCUGUUCAUGGAGCAAUGGCAGGUUACACCGGCUACACAAGUGGACUUGUCAAUGGAAGACAAACUUACAUACCCUUCUAUAGAAUCACUGAGAGACAGAACCACGUAGUGAUAACUGACAGAAUGUGGGCUAGGCUUUUAUCUUCAACAAAUCAACCGAGUUUUUUGGGUGCCAAGGGUGUGAAUGAAGGGAAGGAAGAAGAACCAUCAAAUCAGUUACCGGAUGGACAUUGUUCCAAAGAACUCAGCAGCAUUUAUCCCGCAGCAUGCUAGUUGUUAUUGUCAUUUUGUGAUGAUGCGUUAUACGUAGUAUAUAUAUAAGAAGAGCUAUCUUUUUUGCCCUUGUUUGUCAAUAAGAUGGCUGUGGAAAACCCAAAACUCAGCCAUACACGAUGAAGAUAUUAAUCAAUAUGUUGUGUUGUAGUCUGUAACUUUUGAAUGAGACUGCUUUAUCUGGAAAUGAAUUUCAUUAUUAAAAAUAUCUCA